AUGCCGACAUCAUGUGAAGCAAAAAAAAUAGACAUUCUUGAUAAUGAUCAAGCUGAGUUUGAACACAUUCAUCGUGUCAACGUUACUGGUACAUUUUUGGGCAUCAAGCACGCAGCUCGUGUCAUGAAAGCAAACCGUGGGGGAAGCAUAAUUAACAUGGCUAGUGUUUGUUCAGUAAUUGGUGGAGUUGCUACGCAUGCCUACACAAGUUUUAAGCCUGCCAUGCUUGGCCUCACGAGGAACACGGCCCUUGAAUUAGGGCAAUUUGGCUUUCGGGUUAAUUGUGUUUCGCCUUAUGCUGUUCCAACACCAAUGUCAAGGAAGGGGUACAAUUUAAAAGAUGAUGAUCCAUUUGAUGUUUAUUCAAACCUCAAAGGGGUAGCACUGAAGCCAGAAGAUGUGGCUCAGUCUGUUCUUUAUUUGGCAAGCAACGUAGUGGUGAGGUGUUGUCUGUCUUCUGUGGUCUGCGACUGUGGUGGUCAUCGAGGCCGUUGGCUUCGCGAUGGUUUGGGUGGAGCUGUUGUGGUGGUGUGCUUGGUGUCGUUGCUGGUUUCGGGUCGGUUUCAGUCCAAGACCCGGUCCAACCCAAGAUCCAAACCAAAAUCGGUCCAGCCCAAGACCCAGACCAAACCAGUUCAAGGCCGGUUUAGUUAUGGUUUGGUCCAUUUCCAGUCGGUUCAGUCCUGGUUUGGUCUGUUUCAGGCCGGUUCAGUCCCGGUUUGGUCCAUUCCAGUCCGGUUCAGUGAGUUUGGCAUCGGUUCAGACCGGUUCUAUCAAUUUUUUGACCGGUUCAGCCUUCUAAUAUGUUUUUGGGGCCCGGUUCAGCCUUUCAGCAGGCUUUUGGGGUCCGGUUCAGCCUUCCAGCAGGCUUUUAUGGUCCGGUUCAGCCUUCCAAUAGGCUUUUGGGGUGCGGUUCAACUUUCUAGGUGGUCCGGUUCAGCCCUCCAGCAGGCUUAG